AUGACUCUAGAAGAAGUUGCCGAGGGCUACCUCAAUGAGCUAAUCAAUAGAAGUUUAGUUCAAGUGGCAGAGAUGAGAUCAGAUGGAAGGUUUGAAACGUAUCGCAUCCAUGACCUCUGGCAUGAAAUUAUUGUUUCAAAGUCGGGAGAGCAAAACGUUGUGACAAUAGCUGGUGAACAAAGAAGAGUGUGGCCUGAAAAGGUGCGGCGCUUAUCAAUCCACAAUCAUUUGGAAAAUACACAGCAAAGCAAGUGUUUCACUCGACUUCGUUCUUUGCUUAUGUUCAAUGCAAUAAAUUCACUGUCCAUGUUGUCCAUGCUUGCAUCGUCAAAUGAUGGUCUACGAUUGCUAACCGUGUUGGAAUUGAGAGGUGCCUCAUUGGAGACAUUCCCAAAUGGAGUUUUGAAACUAUUUCAACUUAGGUAUUUAAGUUUGAGGGGAACCAAUGUAAAAAUAAUACCCAAGUCAAUUGGAAAGCUCCAAAACCUGGAAACAUUGGACCUUAAACAUACGUAUGUCACUGAGUUGCCUGAUGAUAUCCUAAAGCUCCAACGACUUCGCCAUAUCUUGUUAUAUCACUACAUACAAAAUCCAGUUCCUUCAAUUUGUUUUCAUGAUCACUGCGGAUUCAAAGCCCCGACGGAAAUAGGAAGUUUGUCAUCCUUACAACAACUUUGUUCUAUUGAAACAAACCAUGACAAUGGGACCAUUUUACUAGGAGAGGUAGGGAAGUUGAUUCAACUGAAGAAAUUACGCAUUGAAAAACUAAGAAAUGAAGAUGGGAGGGUGUUAUGCUCGUCCCUUGAGAAGCUUAGUAACCUUCGCUCAUUAGUUGUUCGUGCAACAGGAGAAGACGAGAUCAUUGAUCUAGAUUCUCUUUCUUCACCUCCUCAACUUCUUCGAACGCUCUACCUAGUAGGAAGUUUACAUAAGGUACCGCAUUGGAUAACUUCACUUCAUAGCUUGGUAAGAGUAGUUUUAGCAUGGAGUAAGUUACGGGAUGUUGAUCCACUGGAAUCCCUUCAAGAUUUGCCCAAUUUGGUUGAACUUCAACUUCUUCAGACAUAUGAAGGGGCAAAAUUGUGUUUCAAGGCUAGUGGAUUUCAAAGACUUGUGAGAUUAGCACUUUCUGUAUUAAAAGGAUUGAGAUGGGUGAAAGUGGAGGCUGGCUCCAUGCCUCAUCUUGAAGUGUUACUUAUCCGGAAAUGUGAAUUGGUAGAGGAGUUACCCUCUGGCAUUGAACAUCUAACCAACCUUAAGUCUCUUCAUUUGGUUGAUAUGUCCAAUGGAUUGAGUUCGAGUCUGAACAGAGACUUAAAAGAUGGGAAUUAUUGGAAAAUUGCACACAUACCAGAGGUUGGGAUUGUGAAUACAAAACGUGGCUAUGUGGAAGAAUAUUAUCUUUAG